GUCAAUAUCUUUGUCUGGGAAUUCCAGAGAAGAAAAGGAAAAAAAAAGAAGAGAACAAAAAAAAAGUUACUAUCCAUUUCUCACCACCACUUUCUCCACUCUUCUUCUCGUCUAUUCGAUUUAUCCUUUCGCGCUUCUUGUUGCUUCUGUUCAUGUCUCCUGGUAUGCCGUCAACUGUUCUGUCUUCCCGCGUAAGAUCUCUCAAGUGGGCUGCCCAGUGUCAUCCGGACACGGUCAAAUCGGGACGCGUUCAGAAGUCAAAAAAGACGUCUUCGUCUUCCUCCGGUUCGCGUUCACCUGCACGUCCGGCUCCCAAGAUCCGAAGAAGCAGUAGCAGUAGUACCACCAGUACCGUCAGUACAAGUAGUAGUGACAGCAGUAGUAGUACGGACACUGUCACUCCUGAAAAGCCAGCGAAUCCUUACGCUCAAGUGCACCGGCUGGAAUCCGAGCUCGCUUUUGCCUAUGAUUCCUUGGCGACGAUUUCCGUCAUGUUUGAUGGUUUACGCCACGCUUACUACAAUUCAAGAAGUAAAAUCGAACAGUAUAAAAACGAUACCCGUCUUGGUGAUAUGGAGAAGGAGCUGUUAACAGCGUACGAUGACCUCGACUUGCAGGUGGUUCAUCUUGAACGUGAAAUCAUGAAGCUUGAAAGUCAACUCGCGGUCCUGAAAUCGGAACACAACACCAUCGAAGUAUGCGACUUCAAAACCACCCCACCUGUCUUAGAUGGGAAUCUCCCUUUCCUCUUCCAUGAACUGCCCUCACUCUCCGAUACUUACCUUGACACCAACCCUGAUUUGCAUUUUUACCUCCCACCGUAUCCAUCCGAAAUGCAGUGGGAUUUCAACAACCAUUCAUUCUUUUAGUCAUCAUGAUCAUUUUCCUUUUCAUACUUUCUUUUCUAUGUUAUUUUUUUCUUCUCUCCUUUUGCAUUCUUUUUUUGUAUCACAAAGCAUGAAUUCAUUUUCAAUAACAUCAUCAUCCCAUCAUUCAUUUUCCAUUCAUACACGUCUUUUUAAAACGUUAUCAAAUGAGUUUUGGUUAUCG